AUGCGUUUAAUCAUUAAACAUUUAUACUUACAUUUGCUACUUCUUACAACCUUUUCAUUUUCAAUCUCUGAAAGCGACUCAAACCUAAUUAAUUCCUUUAUCUUCAGACGAGGUACCUAUUCGGGUGAAGGUACAUUUUACGCUGUAGGCCUAGGUGCCUGCGGGCAAGUCAAUAACAACGAACAAAUGGUAGCUGCUUUGCCUGCACAACAAUUUGAUCAUUUGACUAGCAAGAAAGCUUGUGGUUCUACUGCUGUAGUUGAACGUGGUGGUAAGCAUGUUACCGUAAAGAUUAUAGAUAGAUGUGCUGGUUGCCAACUUGGCGAUAUUGAUUUAUCACCCGCUGCUUUUCAAGAGCUUGCUAGUCCCAAAGAAGGACGUGUUCAUGUCAUUUACACUCUUCAUUUGUAA